CAGGCGAGGAGGACGGGCGGGUGCACCGGUGCAGUGAUCACCUGGCCCCCGCCGUGAAAGGUCUGGAAGGACCUGCGCUCGUGGCGCCGCGCCCCGCUCAGUCGGUGUGCGGGACGAGACAGGGAUAGACAUACGCGGUCCGCCUGUCUCGUCCUCAAUCCCGUGAUAGAAGUGUCGCUGAUAUUGCAACAAUUUGAGGGAAGCUGCUGCUUACAAUCACACGGCUCCGUUAUAGUCAAUUUAACACAUGCUUAGAAUUUUCGUUCAUAAAAUCGGUAAGAAAAAUUUUACGAGAGAAGUACACCGAGGAAAAGUAAAGACACUAUCACCACGCCGCGACGCAGUGAUAAAUUCAGAGUCCUACUGCAGAAAGUGACAACAAAGUGUAAACUGAAAAAAAGUGAAAAUCUAAAGAAAGAAAGAAAAAAAAAAAAAACUAAGAUAACUCGAAGUGAAUUCCGAGUGCCGUUGAGUAGUGAUGAUGGUGACGUGCGAAAUUAAACCCCGGUGAGAGUGAAGGCACCGGUGGGCGGCAGGGCGUCAACCAUGGUCUGCGUCGCCACACUGCUGGUGUUCAUGGUCCUCCAUGCUGCUUUUAUACUCACCAACGCCCAUGAGGAGCAAGUGUGGUCAGUGAUGUGCGUUUCGGGACGUUCAUGUGACCUGCCGUGCUACCUUCGUCCUAGGACUUCAGGGGACAAAGCCAAGCUGAUUCUCUGGUACAAAAAGGGAAACAGAGCGCCCGUUCUCAGCUACGACGGUCGGAUGCCGCAGCUGCUGGAGGACAUUCGUGCAGAGAACACUGAGCUGAAGAUGACGAGGGAGACAGCCACGCUCACCUUCACCCACCUUGCCCUGCAGCACGCCGGCCUCUACGAGUGUCGCGUUGAGUUCUUCCGCUCCCCAACCCACACUAGCCUUGUUAAUCUCACACUGGUCGAGCCGCCCCGAGUGGUGGAGGUGAGGGACCGCCAGAAGGGACCCCCCAAGAAUGGAGUGUUGGGUCCGUACGAGGAGGGCGUCAUGGUGGUGUUUACCUGCCUGGCCAGGGAUGGCUGGCCACUUCCCAACGUGACGUGGUGGCGGGGCAGCAAGAUGGUGGAUGGCGGAUGGGAGGUGUCAGGGCCUCGGCUAGUGAGGAACGACCUGGUGGUGUCCAAGCUGACGCGGGACUGGCACAACGACACCCUCAUUUGCACCGCCUCCAACACUAAACUGGUGCCGCCUUUCUCAGUCUCCGCCACCAUCCAAAUGUACCUGCUGCCGACCAACGUGGCCAUCACGGGACCCACCACAGCGAGGGAGGGGCACCGCAUGAGGCUACGGUGUACCUCUCGUGGCUCCAGACCCUCAGCGCGCCUCGCCUGGACACUUCAGGGCAAGGCUGUACCCGCAGAAAAGGAGAACACAGUGUACGGCCGCGUCACGAGCUCCACCUUAGUAGUCAACGUGAGUAGAGAGCAAGAUGGGUCCACCGUGACCUGCCGAGCCGCCAAUCCAGCUGUGCCCACCUCUCCACUCAGCAACUCCACCACACUCACCGUUCUGUACCCACCCCAGGUGAAUGCAACUCUCGGACGCUCUCUCAAGCCACGCCUGUUGAAGGAAGGAGAUGACGUGUACUUCACCUGUAGCGUGGCAGCCAACCCACCUGCUACCUCUAUCACCUGGUAUCAUGAGGGUAAGCAACAGGUACAGAACGUGUCGGCGGGCAUCAUCAUUUCCAAGGACUCGUUGGUGGUGCAGAAGGUACAGAGGGGAAGGGCUGGACGGUACCACUGCAGAGCUAUCAACCCACUUGCUUCCGUCACCAGUAACCCUGUCAAACUAAAGAUUCGAUACCUGCCAGAAUGUGACACUGCCUUCGCCACCUAUUUCAUCUACGAUCGUCCCAUCAACGUCACCUGUACAGUGUCAGCCUUCCCUCCGGCCUCUGCAAUCCUUUGGCGAUGGAACAGCAGCUCUGACGUGAUUAAGGCGGCACCAGAGAUCAUACAGCAGGAGAAGACAACCGCCAUGCUCACAGUUCACCUGCAGCAGAGGCAGGAGGACCGAGCGCUCUCCUGCUGGGCAGUAAAUGAGAUGGGACGACAGCUGAAGCCUUGCACUUUCUCCGUCAAAGUUGCAAAGACGCCAUUGCCUCUGUCUUCCUGUCGUCUGGCCAACAUCACCGCGUCGUCCCUCAGCCUCACCUGCCAGCGACCCGACACCCCGGCAGCUGGCACCACUCUCUACAGAGCCGAGGUUUAUUUUGAAAACCACACUCUCUUCGCCAAUGUGACCUCAGAGAGGCCGAGCUUCAACGUGAGUCGCCUGGAUGCAGACACAAGUUACCAAAUCAAAGUGUACGUCACCCACGGCCCUGUCACCUCCCUGCCCGUUGUGGUCUCCGCCUAUACCUCUCGCGUCACGCGCAGAUCCAGAGCAGCAGAAGUUCGGCCCACACGGGGUAGUAGUGUGGGCGGCCUGGUGGGAGGUGUCAUCUUGGCAGCCAUAGUGAUGGGCGGAGCUGUGUGGGCGAGGCAUUUCUGCAGCAAGCGAUGGCGAGACAGGAGUGAGAGAGCAAAACACGAUGUUGCCAGACCUUCCUCUGACGACAGUAAUCCUGAUGUGGUGCCAAAUAUUGCGGAGGAGACGUACGACCUGCUGCUGGCUGAGGCCAAGUCAAGAGAGACUCUUUACCAAGACUUGGAUUCCUCACCACAGCGCUCGUCCCCGAUGCAACAGCAACAGCAUCAACAGGAACAGCAGCAGUCGGAAGCACCCCACCAGCUCCCACAGCCACAGCAGCAGCAACAUACACAGCAACAGGUGCUCCCGCCACACCAGCAGCAACAACAGAUGUCACAACAACAACAACAGCAACAACAACAACACAGCAGCAGCAGCAGCAGCAACAAAUAGUUAGGUACGGCAGUCCGGGACCGUUCCAGCAACUCAUGAAGGCAACAGUGACGCAAGUGGAUGACCAUUCUUCGGGGGUGAGAACUUCCACGUACUGCCCGAUGGACGUGGACGAAAGUAUGGUAUGACGCGGAUACGGCCAUCACCACCAGGCAUUCUCCAUCUUCCCACGUUUUAGCUGUAACUUUCUUCUUUCCUUCCUUCCUACAGCCCUAGAGACUCUCAAGGCCACGAGGUACACAACGAGACACUCCACGCCGUGAAGGAGUAGCGUAGCGCUCAAGACUGCAUUUGUAACUUAAAAGAAUAUGCAGCGAGUGUGUCGGUAGGUCAGACAGGGAAGGAAGGGUACGGGAAGAUAAAAGUGGACAGGGGAGCAAGAUCAAAGGGAAAGUACAUGUUGAGGAUGAAGCAAAACGACGGGAGAGACGGGAGAUGACUUGGGAGAAGGCCAUGAAGAGGGAAUGACCGGAAUAGGGGAAGGAAGAAAAGGAAGAGAGACGAGAGAAAAGGAUCGAAGGGUAGGCGAAAACACAAACAAAGAUUAAUAGAAUGGAGGAUGGAUAAUCUGAAGGGGGUCAGCAGAGUAAGGGAAGAUGGAACCUGUUCUUUUUAGCAUUUUCAGCUUCAGUAUAUUCAUGUGUGGAUGUUAGCGAGAGAGAGAGAGAGAGAGAGAGAGAGAGAGAGAGAGAGAGAGAGAGAGAGAGAGUGUGUAGCUUUGCAUUCCUCCUCCACUCCUCUCCAUCUGCUCGUCUUUUCUCGCACCUCCACCUCCCAUCACACUCCUGCCGCAGACUCACGUUGAGCCUCACUGGUGUAUACAUUAAUAUGAAUGCCGUUGCCUCCGCCUGCCGCUGCUUCCCAAGACAGGUAAAAGGCCUAAACAUAUUUUACUAGUGUACCAGUGUUGCCGCCGCUCAUGUCUCUUCCUCUUCUUCAUAUUUCCCAACUCCUUUCUCCAAUUUCUUAUUGCUCACUCAUUUUUUUCUCGUUUCUAGUUUAUUUUUAUACUCUUUCUCUUUAUAUGCAGUUUUCCUCCGCUCUUCUCUUAGUCUUCUGCGUUGUAUUUUUAUAUUUUUCCAGAAAUUUCCUUACUUCUGUUUCUCCUCCUCAGCUUUUAUUUUUUAUUCCUCUCUCACUAUUCUUCCUCGCUUAUCUCAUCUUGCAUUAAUCCUCUAUUUUUUCAUCUUUGCACCUCCAACAAUACUUGUUAUAACGGUUACCUUAUAUUGAUUCGUGUAUUUUUUCAUGUUAUUGCUUUAACUUCUAUAUUUUCGCCUCUGUAUAUUGCUUAAUGUAUUUACUUUCUGUCCCCUUCCUUUAUCUCUCUCUCUCUCUCUCUCUCUCUCUCUCUCUCUCUCUCUCUCUCUCUCUCUCUCUCUCUCUCUCUCUCUCUCUCUCUCUCUCUCUCUCCAGAAACUACUCGGAUAGCUUUUCGUACAACACAGAAACACUAUCAACAAUUACUCCACCAAACCUCACGAUAACACUACCACUAAAACAAAUAACAGCGAAUGGAAAAAAAAAAAUGAAAGCACAAAGAAAACUGGCGGGAUACAGAAUAAUUAACACUCGUUAUUAUGUACAAUUCUCCAUAAUUUAAAGAGCAAAACUGGAUUAAAUGUGGAAAUGAAAUAAAAGCGAGCAAAGUGAGCCGUUCCUACCACCAACACCACUACCACCAUCACCACCACCACCACCUCAGGAGAGAAGGGGAGGAAGGAGAUUUUAUUGAAGCGAACCACCGGGUCUCGCCUUCGCCCAGCGCACUGUAAAUGUCCGAGUGUUGAGCCAAAAUUUAGCCCGGCAGCAGAUCCCUUUCCCUUCUUCCAUCCUCUUUGUGUAUCUUUCCUUCCUCCAUGUCUGUCUUGUUUUCCCUUUAUCCGUGCCCUUCCCUUCCCUUCCCCUCUUUCUACCUAUUCUCCUUCUUCGUUCCUUCUUGAGCACUUCUCGUUUUUCCCUUUUCUCUCUUCCUAUCGUGGGUGGUGAGAAGGCACUUGUCAGACUAGUGAUUGGGUUUUGUUCGGAUGGUGAGAGCUGAAGACGGAAGACGGAGGGAGAAGGAGGGAGAGGAAGAAGAACCAAGGAGGGGGAGAGGUGGAUUUCAGAGAAGAGAGGAGAGCCAGGUUGAGCCGCAGAUGGGAGGUUAGAGAGGUGAGAGUUGGAGAGAUCUCGGAGGACACAUGAGGGACAGAAGAAAGGGAGUAAGGGAGAAAAAGGAGACGUGAGGAUGUGUGGGAAAAGAAGUGUUGAAUCAGACAUGGGGGAAGGAGUUAUCGAGUUUAUCCCAAGAGGAAGAAAUGAAGGAAGGAAGGAAGGAAAAAAAAGAAGAGUAAAAGAUAUGUGGUGAACAUACACAAAAGUAUUCAGAUAUUAGGAAUAAAAGGAGGCAACGGGUGAAAGAUCAAAGUGUAAAAACGCUAAAGAAAAAAAUAAUAAAACAUGGGAAGAUAACGUGUGUGCACAAACACAGACGCCUGAGGCAAGCCAGACACGGCAAGGCCAAGGAAGAGACAAGAUUGAAGGGAAGUGAGUGCUGUGAAAACAUUAAUAUGGACACGCAGUAUAACAGUGGCUUCUGGUGACAUACAACAUAAUAAACAAAUUACUUAACUUUUUUUCUAGUGACAGAUGUGAGUGACGUGAAGAUGGUACGAAUGAAUGACAGAUAUGUACUCAGCUGUCGAUGUGAUGGCUGUCAGUAGUUUCAAUUACCUGUUAAAAGACUGCACAUUAAAUAAAUUAACAAUAUUGGACAUUUGUCACUCAAGUGUUACUAAAAUAACGAUUACUAGCCAGGUGGAUGUUUAUAAAGGUGAGCGGUGAAGCUAAUGACAGCUUCCACAAGUGCACGAAUGAAUAGGUUCUACAAAACUAGUGCCGGGAGGAAUAAGUUUUCCACAAACUGAUUCAAAAUAAUUCACUCGAUUAAUCCGUCGGUUCAUUUAUCAUAUCAGGUCAGGUCAAGUCAAUACGCUGAUUGCCCAUGGGACCAUAUUCUGAAACACUCCUGGCCGCAUCUCCACUACUUUAAAAAAAGCUAUAGAUGAUGUUUCACGGGUUAUGAAUGAUGUUUUCAUGAUUCUAGAGACAAAUUGACAAGGUUACUAACAUAACAAACAGGAAAAAUACUCCUGAGAAUCAGGCUAAUAAUCACUUUGGCUUUUAAAAAUAGUUAUGGUAAGAAAGCAGUGCGUUUCUGACGACAGGCCUUGACCUACAUAUCAGGCUAUCUCAUUAGGCGUAAGCGAAGUACUUAAGGAACACCAGCUGUCAUAUUAUUAAGCUGGGCUAAGGUUCAUAUCAGUGAGGUGCUGUGAUGUAAGUCAGUCACCUGCUGUCUACUCAUAUCAGUGUCAGGUAUCACGUCAGUCUGCUGUCUAAGAAGUUAUGUCAGUCAGAUGAUGUCAGUGUCUUAUUUAUCAGUUAGAUGACACGUCAGUCAGUGAGUGGGUCAGUCAGACACUCAGGCAGUCAGUUGUGAAGUAAGUCACAGUCAAUAAAAUAUAAUGUGCUGUGCUGAGAGAGAGAGAGAGAGAGAGAGAGAGAGAGAGAGAGAGAGA